AUGGACACCCGAUUCUCCUUCCUAUUGACUCUCCUCCUCCUCCUCCUCUGCUUUCUCCCUACACCAUCUUUUUCUCGAUCUCUGGCCACAUCUGCUCGCUGCAACAAAAACGACUAUGCGGCACUGAUGAAGAUCAAAGCAGCACUUCACAACCCAUACCACUUGGCUUCUUGGAUCCCCAACACCGAUUGCUGCAACUGGUACUGCGUCGAGUGCGAUUCCAACACUAACCGCAUCGUCGAGCUCACCAUCUUCCAAGCCAACAUCUCUGGCCAGAUCCCUGCGGAGAUUGGCGACCUCCCAUACCUCAACACCCUCAUCUUCCGACACAUCACCAACCUCACCGGAACCAUUCCUUCCACCAUCACAAAGCUCAAGCUUCUCAAGAUGGUCCGGCUCAGCUGGACUAACCUCUCUGGUCCAAUCCCUUCUUUCCUCAGCAAACUCCCCAAUCUCGAUUUCCUCGAACUCAAUUUCAACCAAUUCACCGGUUCAAUCCCAUCCUCCCUCGCCAACCUCCCCAAAUUAACAGGUCUCCACCUCGACCGCAACAGGCUCACCGGAACAAUCCCUGAAUCGUUCGGGAAAUUCAAACAAUCUAUGUACCUCUACCUCUCUCACAACCAGCUCUCCGGUGAGAUCCCCAAAUCGUUAGGGGAAGCGGAUUUCACCUACCUCGAUUUGUCGCGGAACAAGCUUCAAGGGGAAGCGUCGAUGUUGUUCAAGGCAAAUGCGUCGACGCAGACGAUUGAUCUGUCGAGGAAUAUGUUGGAGUUUAACCUAUCGAAGGUGGAACUCACCAAGAACUUGAUUUCCUUGGACAUUUCACACAAUAAGAUCUUUGGAAGCAUACCAGAGGCGAUAACGGGAUUAAUGAAUUUGCAGCAGUUGAACGUGAGUUAUAAUCGGUUGUGUGGGAAGAUCCCUCAAGGUGGAAAGGUUCAGAACUUCGAUUCCUACUCCUUCUAUCAUAACAAGUGCCUCUGUGGUUCACCUCUCGACGCUUGCAAGUAAAAGCCGUCGACGAGCCCGAAUUCCG